GACCUUUUGGUGAAUUGAAAAUUGUAGUGAAGUGUCAAUGCAUUCCAAUUCAAAUUAUGUUGUGGUUUGAUGGAGUGGUAUGUGCGCAGUGCGCACUGCGCGCUGUGGUCAAGGCCCAUGGUGCUGACUGAACUUUCGGUCAAUUCCAACACAAAUGGAGUCAACCAUAACUGGCAUGCAAGGAUAAGUACCCACGGCUACCUCUGUCACUUCAAGCCAAGAGGAGCUUCCUUUCAGCUUGGACAAAUGUGAUGCAGCAGUAGAAACUAUGCUGAGCAUAGCAGAUGAGCUUAAAAUCAUACAGCAAAGUACGACGGAGGAGGAGCGGCGCCGGCGCGCGCAGCAGCUCCAGCAGCGUCUACAGGAGGAUGCGCUGCGACGCAAGUUACGCAAUGUGCGCCUCAUCGGCAGCGUGGAGCGGCUGGCCGAACGGGCCUCCUCGCUGCGUCAGCUCACCGACAGACUCCGGCUCAUAAAGCGCCAGUACGAGGUUCUAGCCACACAUCUGCCUGAUGAUGACCCAUCCAGCCAAUCACAGCUCGCCGAACCGGCGGCAGCGCUACGUCACAGCCAAUCAGUAACCUCUGUGGGGGAGGCAGAACACCAUCGUCAAACCGCGCUGAAGGCGGCCAGUGGAGAUCCGACGGCCGACUUAUCACAUCUUGUGGAAGGCUAUUACGACCCCCGGCUGGCGGCUCGUGGGUGGCAGGGCGCCGCCGACCCGUGGGGUCCGUCCUCGCAACAGCUGGGCCGGGACGAGCUGGGUCGCUCCACGGAAAGCCGAGCAGCUCUUCUACGCUCGAGGAUCGCCACUUCUGCCACCGUCCGCAGCGAGCCACCAGCGCCGCCUGGCGACCGCGGCGUAAACUACGGAGCUGUCGGAGGACAGACCUGGGAGCGAGGGAGAGAAACGGAGUGGGACCGCGACGCGCGUGGUCCCGGUCCUGGUCCCAGGGACCCGUCCGACUGGGAACGCUCGGAGUGGGACCGGUCCGGCCCGGGGGAGCGGAGCUCAGCGCCCAUGCAGGACCGCUCUGUGUCCGAGUACUCGGUCUCUGCGCCGGGCCGACGUCGGGCGGCGCCGCUGGCCUGGGACGGCACCCUGGACGGCGUGGCCAGCCGCUGGGGCACGCUGGAGCGGCCGACAGCUGCCGACGAGCAGCUGCAGCAGCUGGACAGCGCGCUGGCCCGACAGCGGCAGCUGCUGGCCGCCACCGCGGCGGCGACGGAGACGGCAGCGGCGAGGGACGCGGAGGAUACCCAUCACGCGCCGCUACCUCGCCUUAGAACCGGCUCCUGGCUGGACCCGGAGUCCUCCACGAUUGGCCACCGACGCUGGGAGUCUGGACCCGACCCUCGUACCAGCGACGGUGGCCCCCAGUACAGGGGACAGGAACACUACACUGGGGACCACGGUUCGUACCUCGGAGACCAGGGAACCCACCAGAUGCCCCGAGAGACUAACGUGCGCUUUGCGGACUCCUCAGACAACGAACGUUAUCAUAUCAGCCACCACCGUGACCAUAAUAACAUCGGCGGAAGAUCCAGCCACGGGGAUCGUUCCAGUUUCGCUGGUCGUUCGGACUAUCUCGAACCUCCAGAUGCCAAGCCUCGCUGCCCGGCUCACCAGGCUAUGCACGAGGCAGGUCAGACGAGAAGGUAUGAAGAGGACGGAGCGAGAUUCGAGCGAGAUCCAAGCGGCGGGGGCGAGGGAGAGCGAUUGAGAGAGAUGGGAGAGGACACUGAGAGAGCGGAGAGGCAGGCUGAGGAGCGUGAGAUUAGGAGGCGGGAGUCGCUCAGAAGGCGAGAAGAGGAGGAGGAGGAGGAGAGGAGAAGGUGGGAAGAGAAGAGGCGAGCUGAGGAAGAGGGGAUGAGGGAGGAAGAGAGGAGGAAGGAGGAAGAAAGAAGGCGAGAAGAUGAGAUGAGGAGGGCAGAAGAAGAGAGGAGGCGAGAAGAGGAAGAAAGAAGACAAGAAGAGAGGAAGAAGGAGGAUCAGAGGAGGCAGGUGGAAGAACAGAGGAGACGGGAAGAAGCUGAUAGGAUGCGGGAGGAGGCUCGGGCGGCCGCUGAACACUCGACUGCGACGAGAAAGGCGUCAGUCACCUCAAAUGCCAGUUCACACGGUGUGUCUUGGAACGGUCGGUCCGCUGUGGCCGCUGCACCGCAAAUGCAGAGUGGAGCCAAUAAUGGCAAACAGAAUGCGAAGAAAAAGAAGAAUAUGGAUUGGCUGUUGGGCGGCGGCCACUCGUCUGGGGAGUCGGACGGUGAACGGCCAGAGGGCGGCAGAGGCAAACCGACAGGGGACGUGGCAUCUGACACGAAAUAUUCCGGGGCACCCUCAACGGCAGACCGGCCGGCCGCCGCUAGUCGUCAGAGCUCCCACGGAAGCACCGCCGCCGCCCCGGUCCCAACCGUCAGACGGACGGUCGACACCUCAUCGAGUGACGAGACCGCUCCCGCUCGUACCCCUGCCCCCGCCGCCGCAGCCCUCGCUCCCGCUGCCGCCAAGGAUAAGCCCAUGAAGAUACGUCUCGACUCGGGAUCUGAUUCGUACCACCUCAGCGCCGACCUGGGAGGCGAUGAAAGUGAUGAUGAUUUCUGGGGCUGAUGGACGUCAUCGAGAUGUCAUUGGGAAGGUGAGAGCGGAAACGGGGUUGGUUGGUGAGGACUUGUGAAGCGAUACUGUGCUGGUCCACACAUAAGUCACGUGCAUGAUCUCAUGCAGAAAAAACGCAGGCAAAGCUUUAGUCAUUCAAUUUGAUCAAGGCCCUAAUUUGAUUGUGAAAAAGCUUUGGUCGGGAGUGUUUAACGCGAACAUAUUCAGAGGGUUCUAUGUAGAUCAGUCAUUCUAUUUCAAAACGAAGUAGUAAGUUUAAGUCGACGAUUGUCAUGAAACUUGGGGGUAUCAUUUGACUAUCGUGCUGGCACCGGCUGCGGAUGGAAAUCCAGACGAAGAACCCAAUGCCGUCCUAAUGUGUCACGUUUUCCGUGUGUGUUGAAACUAGUCACUGGGAUGACUGUUCACGCCAUACGGUAUCGUGUGGUAUUCACCCUGCAACCCCCCCCCCCGCCCCUUUCUCUUCCACAUACGCACACGUCCCUGUAAUAACAUCCUUUAUUAUAAACACGCCUACUUUUGCAUUGGUGAUCUGUGACUACGGAUUCCGUCCGCAAUGAGCUCAGUAUUGUGUUGUGGGUCAUUAUAUGUGCAUUGUUCAUCGUGCAAUGUCAACUGGCCAGUUAUUCUCCAUGGCUGUUAUGAUUUCCGAUCUCUCUGGUGGCUUAUGUAUUUUGUGUUACGUUCUGUUUGUCCUAUUGUUACUUUGAUGGUGGCCCCAGACUGCUUUGCAAGCCAAAGGGCAUUCCAAAUAAUGGAGUGAAAUGACAAUACUAAUCAACAUCGAUUCGUCUAUUGUGUUAUUUAUUUGUAUUUAUUUCAUUUAUGCACUUAUUGUGAACGUGUUGGCCGGCACAUGGCAUAUUACUUCUCUUUGUAAAACACGUCAAUAAAAUCAAUAAACUACCUGUUUAUGUGGUAUUAACUACUUAUAUAAACAAA